AUGGACGGCGAGUGGGAGCGCGACCAUCUCCGUCUCUACAUGCUGGCCAUGGGCUUCGUCGAGAAGGGGGCUGACGACAGCGACUCGACUCUGAUAUCAGAAGAGGAUGUCCCUCUAGAAAAAAACGAUGAUUCUGUAUUGAAGCAGUGCUGUAUGUGGCUAAAGAGUGUUAUGAAUGAAGGCGAUGUUACUCAGAUUUUACCUGAAGAUGUUUCUCCUGAUAAUCCUAAAUGUUUUCAACAAUUGUAUUUGUUUGCGAGACACGCAAUGGUUGAGGACAUGAAGCUGAACUCUGUAGGCACUGAUACACCUUUUGCUGAAGAUGUAGAGUUGGAACCUGAGGAUACGUACAUGGCAUUUGCAAGACAUAGAGUUGCAUGCAGUAAACUUCUGCACAUUUUUCGAAGGGAAUAUUUUAUAAUUCAGGAAUAUGAGAGAAAAGCAGCGCUAUUAAAGAAAGAAAUAAAACAGAUAAAGUCUGAAUAUUCAGUCCUGCACACAAGGUCUUCCAAGAUGAAACAAAAUGACCAAAGCAAAAAUGAUAAAACUGAAAGAAUUCAAAAGGUCCGCAGUAUGUGGACACUUAUAAUGGAAAUGCUUACAUCUCUCAAAAAUGAAAAGGAAGUUGUGGAUUUUGUACUUGAAGGUUCUGUUGAUCAGUUCAUUUUAGAUGGAACUAACAUUGUUUUCAGUGUUCCACAACUGUUGGCUCACAGACUUGAAAGUGACAUAUACCAAACUUGUACAGGAAAUUUAUAUGAAGCUGAAGAACUGAAUUUCUUAACAGUCAUUCAGUUAUUAAAUGAAGCCCUGAAGACAUUGAGAGAUGAACGUAGUCAAUUUAACCAAUGUGUGGUCACUGAGAAUAGUAUUAAGUCCUUCAAUGAGUUACUACAGCGUUUGGAAGCAAAGAGCCUAAAACUAGAGAAACAUCACUGUGUGUUGAGUGGAUCUAUUUCUAGAAAACAGGAAGACUGGGAAGUGAAGUGGAAAAACUAUCUUGGCCUGUGUCCUUUUAAUUUAAUCUUAGAUCAGGAUGAGGAACUGCAUUUGUUAAGAGAUUUGCCACCCCUUUCUUUUAAUCUUGCAGAAGAAGAUGAGGAUGGUGCCCCUUACCAACAUGUAGUAUCAGUUUCAGAUGCAUGUGACUCUAUUCAUGAAGUAUCUUAUGCAAAAGGUGGUGAGGCAUUGGAAGCUCUGAUGGAUAAGUCAACAUCACCAUCAAGACGGAUCUCUUCAGUGCCUUUGGAGUCGUCAAAAACAUCUGAAAACAGAGAUGUGUUAAUUGAAAAGAACCUGCAUAUUGAAACUUGCAAGGGAGAAAAAAAGCCUGUGAGUCCAAAGAUGUCAAAAAAUGGAAAGAAUGAGUCUACCAUUUCAGAAAUGUGUCAGAAUGGAGGUGAUCAUGUUAUCCAGACAGAGUCUGCUGUCAUAAAAGAAGACCCUUUCGAGAAAACUAGAGAUGAACUGGUAGAAGAGGUUGUAAAAACAGUGAUAUCUGAGUUGCCUCAGAGUGGUGAAGAAAAAGGAAUGGCAUUAGAAGAUAUCAUUAGCUCAGUGUGUUUUAACCCAUUUGUAACAAGAAAAGAAAUUCCUCGAACUCCAGAAAAUCUGAUUACUGAAAUUAGAAGCUCAUGGAGAAAAGCUAUUCAGACUGAGUGCUCAUCAGACAUAGAGCUGGCCCCAACUGAAGUAAUGAUAGAAGCUCCAAUGGAUGCUGGACCUAUAACGCAGGACAUGGCAGACUCUAGAUUUGUGUGCAUGGCCUCUGACUUUGAUCCUCCCUUGUCAGAAGGGGAGUCCCAGUUGAAUUCUGUAGAAUUUGGACCUCAAGAGCAGAUGGGGAUAAGUCAUGUCAUUGAGUCUCCAGCUUCGGAAACAUCUGAAAUGCAAGAGAGUGAGAGAAAUAAAACACAAGAAUUAAAAUACGUUGUUUUGAACAGAAGUUCUGUAGACAAUACAGAAGAACCUACUAUUCAGUAUGUAAAGAGUAGCAUGAAUACUCUAGAUAUUUGUUCAGAAGACAGUAGCAGAACAAGUGUUGUACCUUCAGACCACUCUCAGGGUUCUAUAAUGAAUAGUAUGCAGCACAGGAAUGUAUCUCCACCAUUAAGUUCUACCAGUCCUGAAGCUGGCCAGUUGGGCAUAUUGGAUGAGACAUUUCCAGAAGAACUUGGUGACUUCAGUUUCAACAAAUCUGCAAGCUCAGAGCUUGAUUUUGAUGGAAUAGACAGCAUGCACUUAGCAGGUGGUUCAGAAAAUAAGGGGGAUAUUAAAUCAAAGCUAGAUCUACAGUCCCCAUUCAACACAUAUGAAGUGCUGAAAAUGUCUGCAUCUACAAGUGAAGAAGAGCUUCAUGAAACAUCUGAUGGGGAUGAAUUUUUAAGUUGUAGAUCAGACCAAAGCAUUUCACCAGAAAAAAUAGGAAAAUGUGAAUUGUGCAGUCCUCCAGAACUCUUCUCACUGGAUGAAGAAUUCACCAAAAUGCCAUCGCCACAAUCUCAUAAUGAGAGAGAAUAUUACCUUUCAUCUUUACUGGUAUCCUGUAAAAAUCUGGAGAAAAUGGCAUCAAUGGUAAACGAAAUCCCACCAGACUUAAUACAUCUAUUGAAGGAUAAAGAUAAGUUGAAUGAGAAGUCAAGAAGUAAGGAGCAGCCAUCAGGACCAAAUUUUUAAAGCAGAAGGACAACUGUAUGUGUACAGUUAUGGUUCACUUGAGCAUGUAGGAUCUUCUCCAAGCACUGUCUAGAUGAAGAAGUUGCACUCCUUUCUAUUUUUUGCAGAGAUUGUAUUCCAGUCUCCUUAUUUAGAAAUGUCAGUUGCCUGCUCUGGUUCUUCCAAUUUCGUGUCAUACAUUCUGUGUACAGAAUUACUUAUUUACUCUUAUUUACUAUGUAUUUGUUCUUAAGCAUGUUCUAAAAAAUAGCAGGUGUUGAGUAGGUGGCAUAAUCCUAGAAAAUGG